AUGACCGUCGCGACGGUGGAGGAAUCAGGUUGGUUCAACAAACUUUGUAAGGGGGACACAUCGUCAAAGAAGUUCGAGUCCGCCUUCAAUUCAACACACAGCAAACCUCUCACUAUUACCACAACUAUGGCUUCUCAUAAAGUCAAGAUAGCGGCUCGGCUUAGACCACGGCUCGACGGGGAACUCGACGAUGACUCAAUUAAAGUCGUACACCAAUCUAACAACACCGGGGGUUCUUCAAGCUCAAGUGGAGGCAGCAGCUUCAUUUCGGUGGCAAACCCUAGAGACCCCACACAAGUUUUCAAGUUUCCUUUUUCAAGUUGCUACGAUCAAGAUUCCACUCAAGAGGAGAUAUUUGAGAACGAUGUGGAGCCAUUGAUUGACGUUGUAUAUAGCGGUGUUACCGUCACUAUCUUUGCAUAUGGUGUCACUUCCUCGGGGAAAACCCACACCAUGCAAGGGACACGCAACGAACCUGGCGUUAUUCCCCGUGUCGUUAGAGCCAUGUUUGAGAAAAAAGCUUCUUUCCACCAAUACCAGACCUCGCUUUCAGUUUCGUAUAUGGAGAUUUACAAAGACGAGGUUUACGACCUGCUGGUAACCAGAGAAAAUGCUCCCAAACUUCCUGUAAGAGAAAACGACAGCGGCAUGGUUUUCGUCGCCAAUUUAACCAAAAUGGAGAUUUCUGGAGUUGAAGAGUUUGAUAACAUCUAUAAUACUGCAACCAAACACCGGUCGGUGGGUGCCACGAAUCUGAAUAGGGCGUCGUCGCGCUCGCACGCAGUUCUCACUAUCGAAGCAUCUAUGGUGGAUCCAGUUGCGAAUACGACACUUACUGGAAAAAUCAACCUGGUCGACCUUGCUGGCUCGGAGAACAACAAGCUCACAGGAAACGAUCCAUCCCGCAUGGCCGAAUCAUCUGCGAUUAACAAAUCUUUGAGUGUUCUCGGGCAAGUGGUCCACGCGCUGAAUCAAGGAGCAUCACGCAUACCUUAUCGCAACUCCAAAUUGACUCGCAUCUUACAAGACGCUCUUGGUGGCUCAUCCGUGGGGCUGUUGAUUUGUAACUUGGCCCCAGGCAUCAAAUUCCGUCAGGACACCCUGAAUACUCUUAAUUUUGCUGUUCGCACAAAGAAUGUCGAAAAUCGGCCUGUUGUCAACGAACGCGAUAACCGACCUGUUCCAAAACCCCAUUUUGCAGCCGUCUCUAUUCAGCCACCUGCGUCCAAACCAGCACCUGCCAUCGUUCAAGCGAUCUCCACUGCAGGCUCUGGUUCAACUGCAGGGGCCAAACGUGCUCGCCCAUCUUUGGUUCCCAUGUCAAGAUCGUCCCGCAUCUCCUCAAUAGGCGGUGGACACGGGUAUCAAUCAUUUGGACUUGCUGGGGCGGCGGCGGCAGGACGAAGACAAACCGGGAUGUUUGAAAAGAUAAGAGAAGAGGAUCAUUCAUACGACCGGUCCGGCAGUGUUGGCAUUGGUAUGACAGAAAAGGAGAUCGAUGAGCGGGUGUGUUAUCACUUCUCGGCGAUAUUGGCAGGGCGCCAGGCUGAUCAUCUUUUGCCACCGCAGAUUUCGAAAGCAGUUGAGGCAGCUGUGGAAGCUGAAGUAACUAGGCGACUAGCCGAACGUGAGCGUCAAAGGGCAGAAGCUGAACAGAACGAGAAAGAAGCUGCGAGGAGAGAAGGACAAGUUUCUAGGACAGGCACGCCGACCAAGGAGACUAGUCUACCUUCAGGUGUCCUGACUCCUCUCUUGAAACGUCACAAAGAUCUUGAUGAGGAACUCAAGAGCCGUCUCCAUGAACUUGAGAAAAAAUAUGAAAGAGGAACUAAGGAGACACAGCUAGCGGAUGUCCUGUCACCCGUUUCCAAGAAGAAAACGGGUCGCGCUUAUGUUGCGCUUGCACGUGCACAUUCCGAAAAGGGCGAUUUGCAAGUCGCACUCGACUUGUAUCGCAAGGCCGAGACCUACGUGCCUGAUAACAUCAAACUUAAAGAGAGAAUAAUCGAGAUCGAAUGGGCAGUCCGGAAUAACACGGCCUACGUUCCUUCGCCCAAGCCGCCCAGGAAACAGAAAUCCAAGAAGAGAUCAAAGUCUGCCUUGUCACGCGAGGCUCUUCCCGCUAUGGACGCCAUGGAUGUAGAUAACGGAACGAAGGGCAAGGGUAAGGAUGGAUUUGUUGGGAAGCUUGGAGAGUUUGGCAUGGACUUCACAAAUACUGAGAGUCCCAACAAGAGCAAGCGCACCUAUGAUGAUGCAACCGAAAGCGAAAAUAUGCAAACACCCAUGAAAAAGCAGAAACGCACCGCACUUCAUGGGACGCCAUCUAGGAACAUAGCUGCAGGAGAAGAUGUGGAUCCAUUUGCUCUUCAAAGGAAAGACCGGCGACACGUCAUUUCGUGA